CACGGAAGUGCUGUGGGUAAAGUGGCUGCUGCCGCCACUAGUGAUACAGUGAGUCGGGUGGUGGCUGCCCAGUGCCCAUGUAACAACACAGACCGCCCUGUUGACGUGCCAGUCACAGACAUGGCUGAGCGGGAAGACUGGAAAGCUUUCCAGCGGCCGUAUUACUACAGCAAAUGGUCUUUGUCCUUCUACUCUACGUUAUUCUCGCUCAUAGGUCUUUUGAUCCUGUGUAUUGGCAUUUAUGCAGAAAGUGAAAGACAGAAGCACCGAACUCUAGAGGGAAUCUUUCUGGCACCAGCGAUCAUCUUGCUUCUACUUGGCAUCAUUAUGUUUGCGGUCUCCUUUAUCGGUAUGGUUGGAUCCCUCCGAGACAAUAUACUGCUGGUGAAAAUAUUCUUCUGGGUGCUUGUAGCCAUCUUCCUUAUUGAGGUCCUGCUGAUAAUCAUUGAAGUGGUGUUUGAAAAUCAGAUGAAAAAAUUUGCACAUGCAAACAUCUUGGUGGGAAUGGAGCAGUAUUAUGAUGACUUGGAUUUUAAGAAUAUUAUGGAUUUUGUUCAAGAAAAGUUCUCGUGCUGUGGAGGUGAUGAUUUUAAAGACUGGAAGGUGAAUCAGUAUCAUUCAUGCAAUAGCACCGGGCCCUUGGCCUGCGGAGUGCCUUACACAUGCUGCAUAUCGGGGAAGGAGGAUGAAGGAGUGAAGAACACACUGUGCGGGUACCAGACCCUGGAUAAAGAGAGACUGGAAGUCCACAGUAUUAUCCACGUGAGAGGCUGCAUCCAUGCUGUGGGCCUGUGGCUCAGUGAUAACUAUGGCGUGACGAUUGGAUUAGUAAUAGCUUUCCUUGCACCUCAGGGCCUGGGCAUUGGCUUGUCCUAUCUCUUUUGGCAGAAACUAAAGGAGAUUCUCUCCCGUUAUGAUGAUGUGGAUUUCAGAUGCCUGAAGCAUUAUUCAUUCAAUGACCUAGACCUAAGUGGUGCUGGGUGGUGCCUGUGCUUACCUCGUGAGGACGGAUACCUCCCUGUUGACCAGGGCAGUGAUAACGCUGGAUUUGAACUGUGAUCAUGAGAAAGUAGCUGCAGAUUGUGUCUGCUAAAGUCAACGUUGCUGGGGGAACUUGGGAAAUAUUAGAUUUCACUAAGUAAAAUAUAGCUGCGCAGAACAUUUCAAGGAGGUGAAGAAGAAGAAGAAGUGCGUAAGACAAAAGUUUCUCAUGCUGGAAUUCAAACCUCAGGUAGCAAUGUGCCUCUAGUAGCAAAAUAAUACACCUCAUACAGUUACUAAAUAGCCUUCACAACACCGAUGUGUAUAACAUGGAUAAACCAUGGAUAUGUAGCCUUAUCCAACAGAAAACAAAACCAAGAGUAUUUCACUGAAUCCUUUCCAACUCACAUAUUGAAGGUUUACAAUGCUUCAGUGGCUUUCUGAUACCCUUGGUGGCAUUUCUCUAUUGAAGCAGAAAUGUUUUGGUGUCACUAUAUCCUUCUAUCCAGGGAAGGAAGACGCUUGAGGUUGAUAUUUGUGGUUAAAUGUCAUGAACCACAAUACAAGCCCAAUAAACAUCUCACCUUCCAUAGUAGUAACUGUCUGAUGAGCACCCACUGACUUCAUUCUAUGUGAAUGUAUUCCUUUAUGUGUUGGUACAAUCCUAAUUUUGACGUGUUCCUAUGAGCACAUACUGUAGUGCCUAUGUGAGUAUUUCCACUGCUCCCCCACAGACAAGUACUCUAUACUUCUGUGCUUUAUAUUUAGUGAGUACUAUAUUGCAUGAACUUAGGAAACUGACCGAAGGUUUUUUAUUUUUAAAAUGAUUUUAAAUUUAAAUUGUAGAGAGGGAUUUUAAAAGAAAUGAUGUUUUUGCUGUGCCACUUGGGGGGGGGGGAGCCUAUCACUGCCCUUAGGACUAGUUCCAUAUAUUAAGUGUAGCACUUAGGAGGAAUUAGCAGUAAUGUUUGCAAUUUUAAAUGUUGUGCUCUUAUAUGUUUUCUUUGGCCAGUGGAAUGGAGAUGACAGUGUAGAUGAGGCUGAACUAUAAACUCUGGCGCAUGUCAGGGGGAGGCAUAUUUUAAUGGUGUGUUGAUUGAUGGGAUAAAAACAUUGAAACAGAGUUUUUAUUUUUUAUGAAAUGUAUUUUACCCAAUUAAAUUCUCUAUGUAGCAUUUGCAGUUGUUUUAUGCAUGUUUGUACACAUAAGAUAGGCAGGCUAUAGAAGUCAGCUCUGACUAAUAGCUAUAUUGGCCUGUUGUGGGUGCAAACAGUCAUGCCCUUCCUUGGAGACUAAGCUGUUCUGCUGAAGACAGGCUGCAAUGUGUUGAAGCGACUCACACAGCCUGCUUACCUGGAGCGAUUCAGGUGCCUCCUUAUUUAAUACUGUGCAUCCAUGUGAAGGAAGCAACUGAUCUAUAAUUAACAUACACACAAAUACAAAGGAAUAUAUCUGGUCCCUGUUUCAGGAUGUUCCCACUGGCUGUCACCAUAUCUAGCUGAACUACCUAAUACUUCUUACUAGAGACCCUCACUCUACCUGAUCUUGUCCAGCCGAUGUCCAGGAGAAGAAGAACCCCACCCGGGUUGUGUCCUCCCUUUUUACACCCUGUGCAAUCUAUCCCCCCUCUAGUGGCUGGGGUGUAAACUACAACUAAAAAGUGGCCAUUCUAACACAUUACAAUUAUUCCCAUUACUUUUGUUUUAACCACAGAUUUAUAACAUUAACAAAUUUACUUCACAUCACUCUCAAACAUUCAAUGACAGUAACAUUCACGCCAAUUACUCAGUGUCCGCCCCUUACAUAUUUCCUAUUUUGCUCUGUGUUUGUCCCCUGCGAGGAGAAUGUGAAAAGAGCAGCCUUGACCCUGUUCUAGUCAUAAACUCACUAAAGACUGAGUUCAUGGGCAAGUUCAGGGUCCCUUUGUGGAACCUGUUGCUUUUAUCAUAAGCCCUGAUCAGGCAGCUAAUAGGUGGCUUAAGGUGGUUAUACAUGGGCAGAUUAAAUCUGCUGAUAUCGGUCCUUUAGACUAAUGCUUCAGCUUAUCUAUCCAUGUAUGGGGCAUUCCUGCGGGUCUCCCAGAUCGAUAUCAGACCAAAAAUUGGCCUGAUACCGAUUGGGCAGGUUUGAUUUUUCUUGGCGAUCGAGGAAUGCAAGGGCUAGUUGAUGUGGUCAUCACCCCGUUGCCACUCAUUUCCUUAGUUGUCAUCCAAUCGUUUGGCCCUAGGGAUUAACCUGAUAUUGCCUUGCCAUUGUUGGGCAUAUUGGAUUAAGAUCUUAUUGUGUAUGGCCACCUUUACUUGCAAAUUAAGAUCUUAUUGUGUAUGGCCACCUUUACUUGCAAGUUGUGACAUUACCACUUACACGGCGGCUUGUGCCUAGAGACUGCAUUACUAUUGGACAGAAGGGAACUAGGACUGGGCUGCAACAGUACCAGAGGGUCUCCUGGCGGGCCCCAGUCUGGAAAAACUCCCAGCAGCCCUUUCUUAUUUCCCCCUGUGCAUGUUUGAGAAAACAGCAUAUGUGUGAAUAAAUGUUUGUGUGGUAUUUAAGUUCUAAAAUGUAGCAAUUCUGUCAUUUUUUUCCUUGUUUUUUGGGGCAAUUGCACUAUAUAGUGGUAAGGAGUAGAUGCAAAUAAUUAGUGUACCUAGACAAAACUGGGUGGGGUUUGUUUGUCUGUAAGGUCAAUAUUGCCUUUAUUCAUGCUGAAAACUUGAGCUUGGUGUGGAGGUUAAGGGUUUUUAACCUCUUCACUACCAAAGGGCCAAACUUCCUCUCACAAUUCAAGGGAUGAUUUAUAUUUUGUCUGAGCCUUUUUUUAUCUUUAUAAUAAAUUAGAAUAGAAUCAUUUAUGUGUUGAACGACAGGAAUUACACAAAGUCAUUUUAUGGAGGUAUUUUUACCAGUACCAUGUUUUACAAUAAAAAUCAAUGAGAGAACUUUGCAAAG